GAAGAAACAGCAGCUAGCUGAUUGAUCAGCUACUUUCCAAUAAUUUGCUGCUCGUUCUUGUUCAUGAAGGAUAUUUUCAUUCAAGAAACGUCCCUAUGUUAUUUCUGCAGUUAAAUCUCUCCGGCUGUAUAAAAUGGAGGGUCCCCUGCCUCUCUCCUCUCUGAGGCUCCUGGUUCCUCCUCUCAGGGUGAUGUCGGCUGUCAUGUGGAAGGCUGUCUGUUUGAGAAACAUGAAGCAUUAUGGGAAAGUGGAGGAGUUUAUAUCCAUGGUAUCUGAGGUCAUCCCUGACCUCCUGACAGACGGACAGAUGAGGCUGCUAACUCUGGGCUUAAGAGCAAAGAUGAUGCUACAGCUGUUAAGUUCUAAACAACCAGAGGAUCUCACAGCUGUGAAAACUCACUUAAACACCCUGCUGCUAUCUAGCUCAAACCAGGUUUGUCCAGAAGAUGAAGCUCUUGAAGAGAACUUUGUGAGGCUUGUUCAAAACCUCCUGGAGGACCCAAAAGAAAGAAAACAUUUCCUCAAGACCGUGUUUCCUGUGGAGUUUGGGUCUGACUUUGAUUCAGCUUUAGAGAAUCUGCUUUGUGAGUUCUUCAGUAGACUGGAGGAGAUGCUGCAUAUACCAGACUUCAAGCAGACUGCUAAAGACUGUGGAUCAGUGAUUCACCCUCUGUGCUGGAGGAGUGUGUGCCCAAAGAGGACGACCUCAGAGUUCUGCUCAGGAGCAAGGCCUGUGUAGGGAGGAUGACCAACAAGGAUUCAAGAGUUUUCUCUGACUCAGAGGAGCGACUCCUCUCAUCACUAUCUAUUCCUCCUUCUCUGCAAAUGACCAAUGCCAAAGAUGUGACGUCUAACCUCCAGAUACAAAACUAAAUACAAUCUGAGCAUGAUUAUUGUCAGAA